AAUCAUAAAAAAAAUAAAACAUUAGCAUAAACAAAAAAUGAAGAUCCCUCAUCAGUCUCUUAUCAUCUCUAUUAUUACUUUGGCAUUGGUCAUUCCCUUUUCCAAUGCUUAUGAUCCAAGUCCACUUCAAGACUUCUGUGUGGCCGUUGGUAACCUCAAAAAUGGUGUUUUUGUGAAUGGUAAAUUCUGUAAGGAUCCGAAGAAAGCGAAGGCAGACGAUUUCUUCUUCUCGGGCCUCAAUCAGGCAGGAAACACCGAUAAUGAUGUCAAAUCCAACGUGACAACGGUUAAUGUCGAUCAGAUUCCAGGACUAAACACUAUGGGAAUAUCUUUGGUCCGUAUAGACUAUGCGCCUUAUGGACAAAACCCGCCUCACACGCACCCUCGUGCCACUGAGAUCCUUGUCCUUAUCGAGGGAACUUUGUAUGUCGGGUUUGUGUCUUCUAAUCAAGACAAAAACCGUCUAUUCGCCAAAACUUUGCAUCCGGGCGACGUAUUCGUUUUCCCCAUAGGGAUGAUCCAUUUUCAAGUGAAUAUCGGGAAGACCCCCGCAGUUGCCUUUGCUGGACUAAGUAGCCAGAACGCUGGAGUCAUCACAAUUGCAAACACAGUGUUUGGAUCAACGCCUCCCAUUUAUCCAGAGGUUUUGGCUCAGGCUUUUCAGCUAGAUGUCAAUGUCGUCAAAGACCUUGAAGCCAAGUUUGCACCCAAGAAUUGAGUUUUAAGAGUGUUUGUUAUUGUAACAGUUAAAUAACAAUGUAAUACGUACUAUUGAAAAUGUUAUGCUUAACAAAAUAAAACAAAAAGAUUUGGUUCACCUAAUUUGAUAUUUAAAAAAAGUUUGUACU